UAUCUGGGGCACUGCUAUAUCUCGUCAGAUUACAGAUCAUUUUCCUGUCAGUGUUUUAACGACAAGUUCUCGGGGAGAUGGUGUGAAAUUGGUCCUUUCUGCGAUCCUGACAAGGGAAGGAAUAUGUGCCUGAAUGGCGGUAGAUGCAGGUAUUUCUAUGGCUCUUUUGUCAACAUUUGUGUGUGCACAAAAAACUACAGUGGGCCUAAGUGUGAGGUCAGAAGUAUACAAGGUAUCAACGAAGAAUGUGCCUCACUGAACUGCUCCCAUUACUGUGACAUCUCGGAAGAGACCCAAGCCCUCCAGUGCGCAUGUCCAGAAGGCUACCUACUGGGCGACAACAACUCCACCUGCAUUGAAGAAGAACGUUACAGAAUAGCCGUGACUCUACCGAUAGUCCAGUCUGAUGUAGAGUCCAGUCAUAUCCAAGAUUUGGCAGCUAAUGAUGACAUGCUUGCUGUCCAGGUACUGGAGCAGUUGAAAGAGACAGGUAUCCCAUCUGUAAGGAACCUCACCUUUGAUCAUUUUGGGACAGAGAACGUCACGUUCCACUUUCUCGUGAGAAAACCCGAGAUUUCAGCGGUCAACUCGACCGUCAAGAUGUUACUGGAAGAUGGUUUAUUUUUUGGUGUCCCUAUCAAUGAGAGGGGGAUGACAGUACACAGAGAUCCAGAAAUGAAAUUACUGAGUGUUGACAACACUAGCCCGGGACCCACAGCUGAGGGGAAACUUUUGUCUUUGACCUGUGUAGCUCGGGGGUCGGAGAACCUGCAGUUCAAAUGGUUCAAGGACGGUCGGCCACUGCUCAUCGGCGUCCGGAAAAACGCCUGGGAAACCCGGCUGCCGGAAACGAUUAGGGAGAAACGCCUGUCAGUGUUGAACAUUGACGGAUUAACGUCUUACGAUACAGGUGAGUUUACCUGCCAGAUUACAGACUUUGGACAGAGCAGGAACGGUUCCGUGAACCUGGAGGUCAUCCCCAUGCCCGGGGUAGCUGUUGUCCCCCACUCAGCCAGCCUGGAUGUCGGGAGUUCAUUAGCCAUCAUGUGUGUGUCGACUACAGACAGGAAACGUACAUCCACGUACACCUGGCUCAAGAACGAUCAGGUGAUUACAGAGUCGGAGACGGAAACCAUUGAGGACCUGAUCCCUAUCGGCAGCCGGCUGAGCGUGAAGAACAUCCAAGCCAGCAUCAACUACACCUGCCGGGUCACCAACGCUGCCGGCACCGUGCGCCGGAUCGUGUACAUCUUCGUGGCGGAACCCAAUAAAACUGGGCCGGUUUGCCCAGCCAAUUAUUUUAAAGACGUGAGAUGGAACCAAACAUUUGGUGGAGCCUUCGACAGACAAGACUGCCCUAAAGAAUUCUUUGAUGUAAAUCUCAGGUCCCUUGGAGAUGGAACAGCGAGAAGGAACUGUGUGUGUCAGAACUCAGUGUGUACGUGGGGAGUCCCCAACUUUUCCAAAUGCCAGUCUGUUUAUCUGAUACAUGUGUUUGAUAUGUUGAUGAAAAUACAACUAGGCUACCAAGUGAAACCCCUGUACGAGCUUUACCAAGAGCUGUAUGAAAUAAUCCAGCAGGCAAGGUCAAAUAUGUUUGCAGGAGAUUUGGAAAUUUCUACAAAAAAUUUGAGAAUGGCGCUUAAAACUGCUAGAGAUUACCCUCCAUUUUUAAACACCAUGUUUAAUUUGACUGAGUUGUUGGACUUUGUCAACACUAUCCUUGAAGAGACUGUACAUUUAACUAUUGAUGAAAAAAGGGAUGUUAUGAUUGGUGGACACAUGAUUCAAAUUUUUGAACUUUUAAGUGACUUAAUCAGGUUAAACUUGACUGAUCCUACAGAAGUAAAGACAAAUUUGAUUGAUUUGAAACUUGUACACUUGGACCCAGGCACAAAGUUCUUUGAGUAUUCAAAAAAUGGUAUUCCUACCCAGCGUAAAAUUAAAAGAUCACUUUCAGAUGAUGACCCUAGUGAUUCAUCUACACAGACCAUGGUUGUUGAGUUUAACCAAGCUUUGUUGCCUCUGUUAAGUAAAGCAGACAGGAAAAUUGAAGACUUGGUGUUCGUUUCCAAUGUUUUCUCAUACCUACCAUUAUCCGAAGGCUCUAAAUAUGUCAACAUCACCAUUCCUCAUGAGCUACAAAAGGAUGCACCUUUGAAUUCAACAAUUUGUUAUUCCUGGGAAAGAGCUGUUGCUGAACUGCCCCAUGGGUCCUGGGUAAAAACAUCCUGUACAGUGCUCAACACUUCGUCCACACAGACUCAUUGUCUGUGUCGAUUACCUGGCCAUUUUACAGUGGUCAUAGAGCCAGUUUACAUUCAGAGCAAGUUUACAUUCAGAGAACCAGUCUACAUUCAGAAUAAUGCUUUAGCAGCCCAAGAUGCCCACCAGGUCCUGUUGGUGGCUUGUGUCAUGUCUGUGAUAGCCAUGGUUCUGGUGUCUUUCACAUAUGCCUGUUCUUGGAGGUUCUUCUAUGAAGAGAAAAAUUACAUUCAUAUACAUUUCAUUUUGUCCAUUUUGGGCCUCAAUUUGAUUUGCCUUUUAUGUCUAGCUGGCAGCACAAAAGAGUCAAUAUGCACAGCAGGAAGAUUAUUGUUGCAGUUUUUUACCCUCUCUGGCUUUACAUUCCUUGUGCUUGAUGUUAUCCAAAUCAUCACGGACAUCCAUGCUCAAACUCAUUCACAGUUCAUGAAGAGGAUGGAUAAAUUUGUUUUCUUUGGCUGGGUUCUACCAGCUAUAACUGUUCUCUGUGUUGUUAUCAUGUUGGAGAUAGUUGGAUAUGAAAAAACCUGCAGCAUUUGGUGUUGGUGGACACCAUCUCAACACCAUUUUUACAGUGUCCUUAUCCCAAUUGUUAUGUUAAUUACAGGCCACAUAGCUUGUGUUGCAUAUGGGGUGUUAAUGUUGGCCAAGUGGAAAGAUGAAUGGUGCUACAGAGAUAGAAGGAAGUACAUGUUUGAGCUAACACGCAAUGAAAUUCUUCUGGCGCUGCUCAUUUGCAAUUUUCUUGCUGGAAUACUUUACAACGAUAACAGUGCUAAUUCAGGGCAAGCCUUUGUUCUCUUUUUCAACAUAAUGAUGAUUCUUGCCAUUGUUCUUUUCAUGGUUUUGUUAAAGAAAACAAUCCGAUUAUCUAACUUAAAGUUGUUUAAUUUUCCUAAAAAGCCUGCUAGAAAAUCAUUUGAAACAUAUGUUUAUGCUCAUGGUCAAGAAGAACCCUUCGCUACAGAAGCUGAAAAAAUUCACGAGAACCAGCAGACUGCCAACGAACAAAACCCUGACUCUAAGCUGCUCCUCAGCAACAGCAACUCCAGCGGCAGAUCAAGCCUUGCUCAAUCACGGCCGUCCUCUGUUGUAACCACCGUGCAGACCAGCAGGUUCCUGCGCAAGAAGCAGAAACACAAGGAACGCAAUGGAACAGACAGCGGGAUCUCAGUUGGGAUGGAGAGUGAAAAAUCUUCGAUGGCGGUUUCGGUUGCUGUGGAAUAA